AGCCAUCAUAUUGGGCUACUGGUCGCCAGCUCAGACGGUUGUUUAUGAUUAUCUUAUUGUUUUGUCGAGUUGUAAAUCCACUGAAGCUUUGGGAACAUACCUGGAAGUUCCUGGCAGAAGACAUCCUCUACACGAAACGCAAAGAAUUCAGAUUCCCAGGUCUUGAGCUCAACGACGACCAGCUGAAGCAAUAUACUCUCAUCGAGCUCGAGCAACUCUUGAAGGAGAAUGAUCAGUCACUUGCGGACUACCCUGACAUUCCAUUGCCUGAUGAUGCUAUUUUGACUGAGAUUUCAAACACAGUGCUGAUGCAGGAGUUGAGUUAUGACAUUCAGCAGGAGAAUGAGACACAUACAGAGUUGUUUGCAUCAAUGAAUCAAGAUCAGAAAAUGGUAUAUCAUGCAGUGCUUCAAUCUGUUGAUAAGCAAUCUGGGCAGUUGUUUUUUGUUAAUGGGGCAGGAGGUACAGGUAAAACAUACCUAUACAGGACCAUCAUCGCAAAGCUUAGAUCAACCAAUAAAGUUGUUAUCCCAGUCGCAUCAUCUGGUGUUGCUGCGCUAUUGCUCCCAGGAGGAAGAACAGCCCAUUCUCGGUUCAAACUGCCGCUUACACUGAGCGAUGUGUCAAUGUGUAAUAUUCCCAAGUGUUCUAUGUUGGCUUCAUUGAUAGCAAAGUCGGAUUUAAUAAUCUGGGACGAAGCUCCGAUGGCCCAUCGCCAAGCAUUUGAGACACUUGACCGUUCACUCCGGGAUUUGUUGAGUCCUUCAGAUCCAACGGCUUCCGACAAACCAUUUGGUGGUAAGACCGUUCUCUUGGGAGGUGAUUUCAGGCAAAUAUUACCAGUCGUGCCUCAAGGAAGACGUCCAGACACAGUCCUUGCAUCAAUCAGCAAAUCUUAUCUAUGGAAAAAGGCAGAAGUUUAUACUCUUUCCAUGAACAUGCGAUUGGAAAAAGAAGAAAGGGAAUUUGCUAAAUGGAUCCUUGAGGUUGGUGAUGGAACAGCUGAUACCAUCCUCUCUCAUACGAGCAGCAAUGAAGAGGGUGAACAAAUUGUUGUGGACCAAAGAUUCAUGAUCCCUUCAACAGAUAAACCACACGAAGCACUAGCAGCUGCGGCAUAUCCUGACUUCCUUCAUAAUUAUCGGAACAAGAAGUACUUGACAGAGAGAGCGGUGCUGACACCUACAAAUAGUACUGUUCAUGAGCUAAAUGCAUACAUGCUGUCCCAAGUUCCCUCACAAGCUAAAGAGUAUUUGAGCUCCGAUUCCGUUGAGCUGGAGGCCACACCAGAAGAUGAUUGGAGUAGCCACUAUACUCAAGAGUAUCUUAAUUCUCUUGAGUUCUCUGGACUGCCUAACCACAGACUAUGCCUGAAGGUGGGGUCCCCGGUGAUGAUGCUGCGUAAUCUUAACCAAGCGUAUGGGUUAUGCAAUGGGACACGGAUGAUAGUCAGUCGUGUAGGUGACAGGAUAGUAGAAGUUGAGAUCAUGACUGGCACACAAGUAGGCAAAACAGUGUUGAUCCCUCGAAUACAGCUUUCUCCUCUUGACACCGUGCAUCCAUUCACGUUUUGCCGCCGUCAGUAUCCUCUGCGCUUAUGCUACGCAAUGACAAUCAAUAAAAGUCAGGGACAAAGUCUCAAACAAGCUGCUUUGUACCUCCCUAGAUCGGUCUUCACCCAUGGCCAGUUGUACGUAGCUUUAUCUAGAGUGACAUCACCAGAGGGGCUUAAGAUAUUAGACGAUUCUUCUGAUUCGGACGGUACGGACGGAGUAAGAAAUAUUGUGUACAAAGAGAUCUUCCAGGGCCUCUGUGACAGAAAGGUUUACAUUCAAGUGAUUUUCUUAAUAUGUCAGUCUCAUACGGAUUGUUUCGACUAAUAACCAAAUCAAAAUGCUUGCAGGGAAAGAAGGCACUGUGGACUUGAACAUCCAAAAAUCAUGUACUUCUACUGCAGUUUUAUUCCACCUUAUGCAGUUCUGUUCUAAUCAAUCAUAUAUCCUUCUCAUUUUCUCUGUUAUUUUCAGUGUGCAACCCUCAUGGAUCAAAUGGUGAGAACACUUUCAUUCCAGUGAUUGGAUCAAGCGUCAAGUAUUAUAACUUCAUAUUCUGUAAAAGACAUUGGCGUGACUGUGAACAUAGUGUUUCUUCUAACACACGCAAUUCAUCCUAUCUGUUAUCAAACUUUUUGAAUUUUUCCACUCAUUUACCCAGUCCUUACAAUUUCAUUAUUACAACUCCAUUUAAUAUUAUCCUCUUUGGUUCCUACUCUAUUAUUCACAGUUUGCAAACAACAUAUUAAAAACAUAUCACUCAACAACAUAUGGAACCCAGAAGAAAAACGUUAACAAGUCAUGGCAUGCAACAAUGUAUUCUAUCACCAAUGUAUUCUCGACUGGAUGCGCUCGAAUAAAAUAUUCUUUACCAUCCUCAUGAAUACUCUACACCUAUUAACCAGGCGGAAUAAAUUGGUAAAUAGUGUUUGAUCAAAAAAAAAUAGAAGUUUAUGAUCUGAAGCACGCAAUGCAUCAUGUUUGUUAUUUACCUUUAAGAUUUUCCACUUUUAUUUUCAGUCAUUACAAUAGCAUUCUAAAAAGUCGAUUUUAUCAAUCCGGUUUAGUUGGCAAACUUAACCGGACAUGUUAUUGUCUUUAAGUAUGUAUAUUAGUUUCGUGAUACUUCUAUUUCACUAAUUCCUUAACAUUAAGUUUUACAAUCAAAUGAACCAAAAUAACAAAUCAGACCGAACAUGAAAUUAAAUAAAAAUUUACAGGUUCAUCAAAACCCCCCGUACUUACAAAAUUGUAUACAUUACUAAAAUGACUCAAACUGCAUCUGAACUCUUAGCAACACUUAUCAAACUCUAGAAAGGCACUGAUCUUAGAACAGCUUACAUAUACUUCUGAGUACACGAUACAGUCGAACACUAAAUAAGUCUACCCCAAAAAAAAAAAAUAUUAGAUGAUAAUAAUCUAGAAAUACUAAAUAUAAAUCUAAUAACAUACAGUGCAGCCUAUUAGAACAUGGCGUUACUCCACUUCCAAAUUUCGCGUAAAAAAACGUCAUUGGGCCUUAUCAACAUGCAGCCCAUAAUGACACGGAUUUAAAAACAUAAUGUCACGAUACGCAACGUUUUGGAUCAGGUUACGCUGGGAUUUCCUCGCGUCUCUAGCUCGAAAGUCGAUUCACCUUGCGCAUCUGACCCUCGGUCUCCUUCAUCGCUCGAACUCAUAAACCGACCAAACAAUCAUCUUUAAUCACCCCCUCCCUAAUUAAUCUAUCAUCCACGAUCUCGAUUCAAUGCGAUGUGCAAGGCGUUAGAGUCGACUAUAAGAAGGUAUGCUUGGUUCUUCUCAUAAACUACAUCUCUUUCGUUUUAAACUAAUCAAAAAAAUACAGUACUAUGGCUGACGAUUUAGUUUUCCUCUCCGAUCUCCAGGCCGGUCACUCAUCCUCCACCGUCGAAGUCCGCUUGCUCCGCUCUUGGGAUGCUAGAACCCUACGCCGUGGUGGAGAACGAAUGAGCGUCGAGAUGCUCUUGCUUGACUCUCAGGUUAUGUUUUACAUCCGCCGUUAGUUUAACGAUUUCCCGACUGAAAACAAAUAUUCAAAUA